GCGCCGGCCGCCCGCUCACGCUGCAGUGUUGCUGACUCUACCCCAUCGUCGCUCGCCUGCUAUCGCGCACUCUCUUCCCGGCUAGCAUCCACGUCUCCCUCUCUCUCUUUUCGUCUCUGUCUCUGUCUCGCCACUCUCAUCAACGAGCAUCAUGAGUUCAUCGGAAACGAUCACGCGCUCGAGCUACAGCACGGGCCAGGUGAGUUCCGACGACUACGGACUCAAGUCGAACAUCCAGCCUCGAGGCUCGGCGAUCAGGAACCUCGCCGACCAGACGUCGACGAUCAUGUCGUUCACGGGCGACAUGAGCUCGCCGAUGGCCGUCGUCGCGCACCGCGAGCGAGAGAAGCGUGACCUGUCCGACCUCAACGACCGCCUGUGCAACUACAUCGAGGCGGUGCGCUUCCUCGAGUUCCACAACAAGAAGCUGUCUUCCGACGUCGAGUUCUACAAGACGAAGCUCGAGAGGCUCAACAUCAUCAUCCGGCAGAUCUUCGAGACGGAGCUGAACCAAGCGCGCGAGAUCGUCGAAGACAACCGCAGAGAGAAGGACCGCCUCGACGAGAGACACGGCCGCCUCGACCGCGACGCAAACGAAUUCCGAGACAAAUUCCACAAGCUUGAUGACAUUCACUCUGAGGAUAUACUCAGGCUCUUGGAGCUGGAGGAUCAGAUGGCGCAGAAGAUCGCCAUCAUCAACGGAUUGCUGGCUAAGAUCAAAAUCCUGGAGGACGAAAUCGCUCGUCUCAAGAGGGAAUACAACCGUCUUCUUACACUCGUCAACGACACGAAGAUUAGGAACGAGGAGGAGAUAAUGAUUCGCAAGGACUUGGAGCACCGUAUCCCAGGUAUACAGGAGGAGAUUGCCUUCAAGCAGCAGCUACACGAGCAGGAGCUGCGCGAACUACUGGACAGUCUCAUGAAGGAUGAUACCGACAUCUACCGCAACAUCUUCCACAACGAGCUGUCGUCGGCACUGCGCGACAUCCGCAAGGAGUACGAGGAGCAGAUGGCAAAGAAGCCCAGGAACGAGGAGGUUUAUCAGACCAGGAUCCAAGAAAUCAUCAAGACCACUGCCAAGAAGUCAAGCGAGGAGCUGUCGCUGAAGGACCAGGCUAGAAAGGACCGCACCAAGGAGACUGAGAUGAGCAAGGAUGUCAUUGGCCUUAAGUCUAGGGGCGAUCAUCUGCGCAGGCGCAUCGAGGAGCUGGAGCGCGUGCUGACCAACGAGCGCAGUGAGUUCGACAUCGACAUGAAGCAGCGCGACGAAAAGAUGCUGCUGCUGAAGUCGAAGCUCGAGGAUAUGCUGCGCGAGAUGCAGGAGAUGCUGGACGAGAAGCUGCGUCUCGAUGAAGAGAUCACCACCUACCGCCGCCUGCUCAGCGGCGAGGAGACUAGGAUGCAGGAGUCAAUGGUGGAAGCCAGCAUGCACCAGGCAGAAAUGAGCAGUCAGCAUGCUGUUGACCGCUCCUACGUGCAGACGAUCGAAUCGGCCGUUAAAACAAACAUCCAGAAGCGCUCCAAGGGCACCGUGGCGUUUGGCGAAGCCAACCUAGAUGAUAAUUUCAUUGUCAUGGAGAACACUACCAGGGACAGCGAUCAAAAAAUGGACGGCUGGCAAAUCAGGCGAAACGAUGACGUCAUAUAUACAUUCCCUCCGGGAUCCAACCUUAAGGCAGGACGCAACCAGAAGGUUACGGUCAGACAGUGGACCGGAGACCGCACCCACGUCAUGACGUCAUUGCACAACGAGAGAGGAGAUGAUGUUGCGAGCCAAACUCAGAGAUCGCAGUAAUAAGAGGGCAACGGAGGAGAGUCACGGAAUGCCGGUUACGAGGAUACCCGUCAGAUGUCGCUUCGAACGCCGGUCAACACACUCUACAACGAGCGCUUAACGUUUACCGUGAACUGCCACCGCUCUCACCUCCGAUAUUACCUUGUGACGUUACGCCACAUCGCUCCUGGCACCACAUGAGCUAGGCAGCAUCUGUUGUUACUAAGCAGUCGUCACUGUUAACACGUGCCCCAACACUGCCACCAAUCUGACGAAUAAACGUGUGCCUUACUCUUUAAACGAAAAGCAUUUUAUUUUUCAACUAGAUUCGUAAUAACCCGUUUUUUUUAUAUAAAACGCGGACAGCUAGUGUGUAAUUCCUCCAGCAAGCAAGCUUAGUGCUGCUAUAAGCAAUCAGUAUACGGUUCGGUUCGCGCACGACAGAGUGACUAAGUUGCUCGCGCGGAGGAAUAAAGAAGAGUGUAGUAUUUUACGUAAGCAGCUAGUGUAGAUGGACUUGAUUGGGCCUGCUUUCUUAGCGCGUUACUGUUACAGCUUAUAUAUUUACUUUGUAGAUGAUUGUUUGUUUGUUUUAAACUCGCGGUGUUUUUAAUAUUAGAGCUUGCUAUGCAGUUACUUGCUAUGUUCGUUUUGACGCACGCUCGCCGACCCACGCGAAGCAGGAUUCCGAUCUUGUCACAGUGGAAGGGAGCUACAGGCUACGAAAGAAUGUUAAAAAUAGAGGCCGACAGACGUUGAGACACGUGGCCCAACAAUGUCUCCGUUUCGUUGGCUUCAAAUAAAUAUGGAAUGUAACGUAAUCAAAUGCAGGAGAGGGUAAACAGAGAAGCAGACUAAAGGGAAUACGUAGAUGAUUCUCGGGUUUAGUGUUAUGAGUUCAGUCUAUAAUUAUGCAGUUGUAGUUCAGUUUGGUGUUAAGGCUUAGGAUUAUUCCGAUCGUACGUUCUCGAAUUAGCACAUCAGUUUAUCAGCACUAAAAUACCCCUUUGUUAUAUUGGCCACACGCAUACGCGCAUCGUAUACUCACACUGUCUUUAGUGUACGUGCGAAUUUUUCACUCCAAUGGAAACAAAUAAAGUCAAGUAUACGUUUUAAAAUGA